UUUUUUUGGGUCAGAGAUUCUCUCUUGGGUGAUUUUCAAGGUGAAAAAAGCUUACAAUCCAUCCAUGGCCGAUUGGGCAACACUCCCGAAGGAUCUCUUAGACCUAAUCUCCAAAUCUCUAGAAUCCUCCUUCGAUCUCGUUCAGUUCCGUUCCGUUUGUUCUUCAUGGCGAUCCGCCGCCGAGCCCGUGCUCGAUCCACUGACACAUCACCUCCCGGAUCCUCCCCGAUACGGUGCUAGCUCUUCCGACUCCGCGUAAGAGCGCCUCUCCGCAGCGAGUAUCUUACUCAUCAAACCUCAUGAACCGCGUAGCAGCGAGGCGGAUCUGAUUGGAUGGCUGGUCAAGGUCGAGGAAGACCUUAAUGGUGGUCCUCAUAAGGUUCUUGAUCCUCUGUGUGAUAAAAGACAUUCUCUUCCUGAGCAUUUCCCUCGCGCUCUCGACAUGUCGAAGUUCAAGGUUCGUGAAUUGGGUCGUGAGUUCAAGCUCCAUUAUUUCAAUACCGUCGGUGAUGUUGUGGAGAGUUUAUACUUGGAGAAAGCUGUUGUCAAUUACUUAGAUAGCGAUUCGGAGAGUUACAGAUUUGUGUUGCUUACGAUUCAUGUUUCUGGGAAAUUAGCUGUUUUUACGUCUUGGGAUCGUGCUUGGACUGUGAUCCAUGACAUGCCGUCUCCUUAUGAUGAUGUGAUUCUGUUCGAUGGACGUUUCUUUGCUGUUGACAACAAUGGGAGGACUGUGGUUGUAGAUUUCUCUUCUUUGAAACUCACAUUGGCUGCAAAUCCUGUCUAUGGCGGUGACAAGAAGUUUUUAAUCGAAUCAGGUGGUGAAAUGUUGCUGGUGGAUAUGUACUUGAGCAUGGAGGAGGUUGAUGGGGAUCCUGGGUUCGCCGAGGCGAUCUUCGAGAAUCAUGCGUUUUACAUGAAUGAGAGAACUGUUAAAUUUAAAGUCUUCAAAUUUGUGGAAAGAGAGAUGAGUUGGGUUGAGGUUAAGGAUAUGGGGGACAAAAUGUUGUUCCUCGGUGAUGACUGCACCUUUACCGCUUCAGCGUCUGAUGUAAUACCUCUCUGUAAGGGAAGUUCUGUGUUCUUCAAUGGUAACGUCUUCAAUGAAGAUAACUUGGGUGGGCUACAAGAUCGAGAUUUGGGAGUAUUUGAUUUCAGGACUGGGAAGAUAGACCUGGUGCACAAACUUCCUGAAUAUGCAAAGCUGUUUUGGCCUCCACCUCCCUGGAUUACUUCUCAUGAGCGUGCUGAAGAUCAUCCUGGAGAAACGUCAUCAGAGUCUUGAACGACGUUUGGAUAAUAUGGAGUGUAUGCAACGGAUAAAGAUGUUAAUCUCUCUGAUACUUGUGAGAUUCAACCCAUAGACACAACAGUUUGAAGCAAAUGUUUAUGUUUUUUU